CGAGCUCAACUUUCACUUUCUCUGGCGGCGGAGGACGCGCAGUGAAGCACUACACACGCGUUUAGCACAUUCUCUUCAUCUAUAGGGCCCGCUGUCAUCAACCCCGUUGACCAUGGAUGCCCCAAUUGCUUCAGCAGUAGUGCUCCCCGAGCAGGAUCCCGAGUCUCCACCACCAACAGCCUCGUCGCCCACCAGUCUGAAGAGGCGACAAUCGUCCGUCUUCGAACAAGAUGCAAAACGACCGCGUCUCAAUGGUGAUGAUGCAUCUACCGACCGCCGAAAUUCCCCAAAUGAUUCCAAAAUAUCCGCUCCUGCACCGAAGGUUCGAGAGCGAGGUCGAGAGAGGAGGCUAUUCGGCGCAGCCCUAGGCGCUCUCUCACAGAACUCUGCUACCGCAGUACAGAAACGCCGCUCGGAAAUCGAAAAGAGACAGCAAGCACAGCGCAAGCUUGAAGAGGAGGAAAGCGAACAGAGGAAGCUGGAGCGGCAGGCGAGGCGCAAAGCUCAGCGCUGGAAAGAGCAGAAGCAAUUCGAAACGAACUCAGUGCGGAUACGACAUGACAAUCUCCUUGCCAUGGCCCACUUCCUCCAGACCACAUCAGAGCCGCGACUGUACUAUAAGCCCUGGGAGACAACCCCAGACGAGAACGACCGCAUACGCGACCAAAUCGCCGACGCACAAGAAAUCAUUCGCCGAGAGCUGGAAGACCACGGGAGUGGCCAGGAGGACGAUGCUGAGCGGGAACGGCUCGCAUCCCGCGAGGGGCAAGCCGACCGCAAUGCAGACGCCCCCGUUUCCGGUAAGGGAUCUAACACAGACACGCCGCAGCAGCCCGACGCAGCCAAUAGUGGGCCUACUGAUGGCAGAGACUCCGUUCCCAGGGACCAGGCACAGCAGGACGAUCAUGCAGAGCCCCUCGCGAAGGAGGCGGUGAGCGAAGAGCGCGCAGCCGACAACGCGUCGCACAGUAAUGCUACGACUCAUGAGGCUACAGCUGACGAACCCAGCAAAGAGGCCCUGGACGAGAACGGCGAGGAGAUAGUUGAAGCCGCGGAGGAUACGGUCAUUUACUGAAUUGGAAUAGGCACUGAAUGUUCCGAUCUUUGAAUACUCCUGGAUCUUCGGUCCGUUAGCGCCCUGCUGUCCUUCUGUGUCCUCGGGAUGGCUGCGUUUUCUUUAUUCCCGUACUGUGAUACUAGCUGGGUUAUCUCUCUGCACUGUUCAGCUUGCGAGUCCAUAAUUGGAAUGUGCAGAGAAGGGCGAUUCUGCAUUGUCGCUCGGCGAAGCCCACCCUCCUAAGUAUCUCGUCUAGGCAGCAUGGUCAAACUGCAGUUCUAAGAAUCGGGGACGUAAGCGACGUCCUUUCCAUCUUCCCGCCUUUACUGUCUCCCACUGUGGGCUUUUGGACAGGAAAACGUCCUGUGCUGUUACGAGAUUGUUAUGGUGCCCCUGAAUACCUUGACUUCGGAUCCUUCUCUUUCCGCAAGGUUAUCGG